AGGAAAUCAGUCUUUGACAGCACUGUUGCUUCCAAGUGGAAACAUGCAUGUGUCCCUGUAGAAUGCUUGUUUCUGUUACAUUACGCUGCUCUGGUCGUACUACCAGGAAUUAAAUACAGCUUUUUUUUCCCCUCUCUAUCUAUCAGUUGCUGAAGUAAAACUUCUAUCCUCCCUAUGCUAACUGUUGACAUGGAAAACAAGGAAAAUGGCUCUCUGGAUGUCAAAAAUUCCUUAGAGAAUGGGAGACCUCUGGAUCCUGCUGACUGGGCUGUUACCGAUGUUGUGAAUUAUUUCAAAACAGCUGGAUUUGAAGAACAAGCCAAUGCUUUUCAGGAACAGGAGAUUGAUGGCAAAUCAUUACUGUUGAUGACAAGAAAUGAUGUACUGACUGGACUUUCAUUAAAACUGGGGCCUGCGCUGAAAAUCUAUGAAUAUCACGAAGUGUCAAUGAGCAUGUUGAGAUAGCUACAUCACUGUAUCCAGAACAAAAGGGAGGUAUGUCAUUCUCAUUUUUGAGCCAGACAUGUUCUUGAUUUCAUUAAUUAAGAUACCAAAAAAUUAAACUAAAACAACCCAAAGUUUACAUGCAUCUUUAGAGAGAGGAACCAAUUCAAGUAGGUUUUGGUUUACACUAAAGACUUACUAAAAUUAUUACUACUUAUAAUUUCAGGAUGGGACUGACACUUGCCAAGUCACCCUUUUUUGCAGAGGGUCCUAUUUUGACCUUAUUAAGGUUUACUCGUGGUAUGCUGCAAUGUUUAAAGCUGUACAUAGAACUAACAUAACUCCUUCUAUAGCAGAAGGUGUUGCUGACAGGUGAAACUGGGUUGUGUAUUUUUUGCUGUCCUUUAAAUUUUCAGCUUUUCACCUGUUUUUAAUAGUAGUCCUAUGUAAAAUAUAGUUGGUU